CUGUAAGUGACGUAAGGGGACGUGACCCGUGACACUACUACUGCCGAUUACUCUUGACGAAAUGCGCAUGCGCUACCAACUCCGUUCGAGGAAGUGACGGGGAGACGAUUUCAGCAGUAUUUUGGUUAUUCCUUUUUUAGAAACUGUAAAUACAGCCUCAACGCUUCAAAAUGUCAGGCUUUGACAGCAACCCAUUCGCAGAUCCAGCAAACGAAAACCCGUUCCAGGAUCCAUCGGUCACCCAGGUUACCAACUCGACCAUGGAGUCUGUGGACCAGUUCAACCCCUUCCCUGCUCAUCCCACAGAAAGUAUGUCUGCUACCACCCCAGCCGCCACCUCUCUGUACCAGCCUGCAGUGCUGCAGCCCUCCACAGUGCCCAGCCCGCAGGCGACAGCGGCUGUAGCCCAGGCCACCCUGAUGAGGCAGCAAGAGGAGUUGGAGAGGAAAGCUGCUGAGCUGGACCGCAGGGAGCAGGAGCUGCAGACCAGGGCUCCAACAGGCAAGGAGAACAACUGGCCUCCUCUCCCACGAAGCUUUCCCAUUAAACCUUGCUUCUACCAGGACUUCUCUGAGGACAUCCCAGAGGAGCACCGCAGGAUCUGCAAGAUGAUCUACUACCUGUGGAUGUUCCACUGUGUCACCCUCUUCCUCAACCUUCUCGCCUGCCUGGCGCUCUUCACCACAGCAGCGACUGCUGGUACAGGCUUUGGCCUCUCCAUCCUCUGGCUGAUCAUCUUUGCACCCUGCUCCUUCCUCUGCUGGUACCGACCAGUGUACAAGGCCUUCAAAUCCGACAGCUCCGUCAGCUUCUUCUUCUUCUUCAUGGUCUUUUUCUUCCAAGUGGUGAUAUUCAUCAUCCAAGCGGUCGGCAUCCCCGGUUGGGGCAACAGCGGAUGGAUUACCGCGCUUGCUUCCUUCGGGAACCCUGCCGUCGGGGUCAUUAUGACGGUGGUGGCCGUCUUCUUCACCGUCUGUGCUGUUCUGUCCGUUAUCCUCCUCAAGAUGGUGCACAGCAAUUACCGCCGUACAGGAGCCAGCUUCCAGAAGGCCCAGCAGGAGUUCUCCCAGGGCGUGCUCACCAACAAGACCUUCCAGUCGGCCACUGCCUCGGCAGCCACCUCCGCCGCUCAGGGGGCUUUCCAGAGCGCCAACUAGCACCAGAGGGGCUGCACACAGGAUAGGCACCGAUGAAAAUUUUCAACUUUUUUUUUUUUUUUCCUAUGAAGUUUAUUUCCACUCCAAUAAUGCAGGCCUCAAGGGCACGGCUAAUACUCGUGCAGCGGCUCUUCAUCUCAAACUUCAACUCAUUGUGCACCGUGCUGGUAGGAAAUUGAUAUCAUUUUUAAAUUAUACUUGGGUAAAGGAGUGCUCCUUCUUGUGGACUGUACAAAUUGUGGUAUACGCUAGUCAGCUUCUCUCCAACCGAUCAUUCAUACCUCUCACCUUUUGGCAUUUUUCUUUUUUUAAAUAUUCAUGUUCACAUUCACCCUCUCCCAAAAAGCCAAUACAAGUAUACAGUCAUUCUUUUGGCUUAUUUUUAUAUUCAAGAAACAUGGAAGACAUUGUUUUCCAUAAUGUGCACUUCAGGGUGAAACGCCAGGGGUGAAGUUAGCAGUUUGGUCUUUAAUUGUUUUGUUUGGUUGUGGCUUCUGUGUGCACUUUCUUAAAUUCUCUUAAGCUUGUCUUGACAUUUGGCACUUUUCUGAGGCUUGUUUGUGUGGCUUAAUGUGUGCCUGUGUUGGUAAGAAAAUGGGUGACAUAGGCAAAGCAUUUGCUGGACUAGCUAUGGACUUCUUUCAAUUCUGUAUUAUAACAAAUAAUGAAGCCUUUCGGUUCAGUUGUCAGUGUCUUCUCCUGUGUAGUCCUGGUUAGCUUUUAUCUUCUUAAAAAGGUUGUCUUCCUUUUUAAUUUCAACAAACAGAAAUGGAGGAACAGGUUCAAUCAAAGGGUUUGCUAUUGUAAAGAUUGUAUGUCACAAGUUGUCUUUUGCAUUCUAUGUGUGUAGACUUCAGGCUGUUAAUAAACAGAAGACAAAAAAAAAAGUAGACAGAAGCUUUUGUGUAGCUUACAAGGGAUGACCGCACAUCUGAGUUGCUCAGAUAGUACAUUGCCUAAAUCAUAGCUAAUUGCAGUUUGUCUGAUUACAUUUUCAACUUUGUUAUAAAUAAAAAUGUGCCUAAAAACUUUAACCAGCUUGUUUACCUCUUAGAGGAACCAGCCCAGGGUGGGAUAGAACAAAUGGGUUGAAUAAAUAAAUUGAAAUAUAAAGCAUGCGUUACAUUCGAAACCAGCUUCUUUAGGGGUGGUCUUGUUCCAUUUAUGUUGAUGAACCACUAAUCUGUAAUAUAUAAAGUGUGUUGUUUUUUGAUCAGCCUGGGAAGAACUCAAAGCCAUAGCAUGGCAAAGUUGUACAUGAAGUUUCUAAUGAAAAGAUAAUGUAUUUAAAUUGCAUGAUUUGUUUCUUCUGAAGUGCAAUUAUGUAAAUUAUACCAGAACAAGGUGAAAUUUUCGCUAUUUCAGUCAUUGCCUUAUUUGGAUCAAUCAUUUUAUUAUUUUUGUUCUAUUGCUCAUAUACAGUCCCCUAGAAACAAUCAAUUAUUUGUGUACUGAAAUGUAUAUAUAGAUACUUCAUUCUUUGAAACAGACUUGCCGUUUGUGUAAUAGAUGGAAUUACUUCUUUGCUUUGGGAUUAAUGCCAUUCAGGGUUCAUUUUUCCAAUCUGAAAUGAAUGACCUACAUUUAUUUCAAUGUUGAAUACAACUGAUAACUGAUUACAAAUAAAAGCUUUGACCAGAACGGGAAAAAGUGAGUAUGACCUUGAAUAUGAGCAUGGGCUGUCUAUGAGCUUGAAUGUUUUCUCUUUUAACUAACAACAUUCUAAUUAGUUGUAUCUUCAUAAAAAGCAAUGCUAAGCAUUAUCCAGUUUUGCUGUUGACAAAUGACAACUUUGAUUUAGUUGACUUCAAUACGCAUAUAUGGGUAGACUACCAAACAUGCAAGGCUUAAUUCAUAUACUGUAACUCCUUCCUUCAAGACUUCCCAUAUUAAUAGCAGGUACAACAACUGACCACUAGAGGAUGCUGUGUCUGAUGUGGGCUGAAAUGCUGAUUCACCGUACUCAUCUGAAAAGAGGGGAAGGCGCAGGACCCUCCGCUUAAUGAAGGUGCAUGCGUUUGGGAAUAUUGUCGGCAUGAUGCUUAGGCUUACAUGUGUGGCUUUCAUAUGCUUUGAAAUACGCUGUGUAUUCAUCCAUAAAUUACAAGGCAAGUUUCUUGAAAAACUAUACAAUUUUCCCAUGCUCAGCCUCACCUAUGACAUCUAACACCUCUCCCUGGUGAGAUGAGAACGCAUGGGAACGAGGACAUCUUUCACCUUCAACUGAUGCAAUUAAAAAUAUCACAUUAAACCCUAGGUCCAUACCGCUGGUGUUCUGUCUAAGGUUGGGCUUUAUGUGAACAGCAACCGAGAAAGCUAAACAAAGGCAUUAUACAUCAGUGUUUAUCUCAAUGUAUGAAUAGGAAAUGUUCAAACCAAAUGCUCUUGCUAAAUGGCUUAGUUUCACAUCUGGAAUAAUAAACGACUGA